UCCAUUUAUCUCUGGGCUUCGGCAGCUACAGAUUGUACAGUAAAUCUAUGGGAUACCAGGCAGCAUCCAGCAAAUGUUCAGGUGCGUCAUUUCGAUCGCCCAGUGAGCUGUGCUCGUUACAGUCCCAACGAUGCAUUCAUAGCUUUGGGCUGCGAUCAGUUGUACAUGAUGGAUCCACGUGUCAGGGAAUACAGAUCUCUUCCUUCUUUAUCUCAGGUAUUGCAUGUAUGCUUCCAUCCUACCGAGUAUUUACUGGCCACUGGAUCGGUGGAUCGUUUGGUACGAUUUUGGGACAUUGAAACGGCGGAAUGUGUAUCACAAAGUGAUCCAGCCGAUGGGACACUCAGGGAAAUUGCAUUCCAAAAAGAUGGCACCGCUUUACUUACGCUUACCGAUUGGUUCGUUUCAAUUAAAUGUACUUUUCUUGUAAGGUGA